AUGAGCCUCCGCCUGCCUCUCCGGCGGGGGGGCCAAUUCGCCACCAUCAUCAGCGCCUACGCUCCGACGAUGACCAACCCCGACGCCGUCAGGAACAAAUUCUACGAGGACCUGCACAGCCUCUUGGCGACUGUGUCGAAGGCGGACAAGUUGAUUGUCCUUGGUGACUUCAACGCCCGCGUCGGCACAGACCAUACUGCCUGGAGAGGAGUGCUGGGUCCCCACGGUCUCCGCGGCUCAAACGACAAUGGUCUGCUGCUUCUCCGCACCUGCGCAGAACACCGCCUCAUCCUGACGAACACGUUCUUCUGUCUGCCGGAGCGAGAGAAGGCCACCUGGAGGCAUCCUCGGUCGCGUCAGUGCCACCUGCCGGACUAUGUCCCCGUCCGGAGGCGAGAUCAGCGGGACGUGCUGGUGACGAAGGCGAUCGCGGGUGCUGACGGGUGGACCGACCAUCGCCUCGUCAUAUCGAAGAUGCGUAUUCGCCUACAGCCUCGCAGGAGACCACAAGGUAAGCGACCCCCAGGUAAGCUGAAUACUGCCUUGUUGUCUUUGCCAGCUCACCAUCUUCAUUUCAGCAAUGAGCUAGCUCAACGGCUAGACAACCUUCCUAUCGCUGCCGCCGCCGCCGCCGACGCCGUCGCUGCCGAGAACGCCUCCGUGGAGAACCGCUGGUGUCAACUGCGAGACACGGUCCAGUCGACGGCGCUCGCCGUCCUCGGUCGCGCUCCCCGUCAACACCAGGACUGGUUCGACGACAACGACGCCGCCAUCAGAAAUCUGCUAGCUGAGAAGAACCGCCUACACAAAGUCUACGUAGAUCACCCCACUGAUGCCACCAAAGCUGCCUUCUACCGCAGCCGCCGCCAACUUCAGCAACGACUGCGCGAGAUGCAGGACGCCUGGACCGCUCGCAAAGCUGAGGAGAUCCAAGGGUACGCGGACCGCAACGAAUGGAAGAACUUCUUCUCUGCGAUCAAAGCUGUCUACGGUCCGCCGACGAAGGGCACUGCUCCUCUCCUCAGCGCCGACGGCAACACUCUCCUGACUGAGAAGACGCAAAUUCUGCAGCGAUGGGCCGAGCAUUUCCGAGGCGUCCUCAACCGCCCCUCCGUCAUCUUCGACGCCGCCAUCGAGCGUUUGCCGCAAGUGUAG